UGGGGAAAAAAAUAUACUUUUUGCUUCUACCUUUACUCAAGAUUUUUAUUUAAUUUGGUCCUUAAUUUUAUAAAUUAUUUCUUUAGUACUCUGCCACUAACAAUAAAAUGAGCUCAACCUUUUUUAAUCACUUUCUCGUUGUCUUCCUGUUCCCAUCUCGUAUAAGCAAGAACCUUACAUUACUGUCUAGUCACUUUGCUCUCUAUGGGGAAAUUCUGGAUUGAGGUGUGCUUGAUAUCUGCAAGGGGCUUGCAACGUUCAGUCUCUCUUUGGAAGCGUCAUUGGUAUGCCGUUGGCUGGGUUGAUCCUAAAUCUAAGUUCUGCACCAAAAUUGAUGCUUCUGGGAAUGCGAAUCCUGUUUGGAGAACAAAGUUCUCUUUUCUGCUUGAUGAUGACUCUGAGCAGAGCCUCCAAGAUCUGGUACUUAACGUCCAAGUUUUCAGCAGAGACCCCAUUUUUCUCACGGAAAAGCUUCAAGGUUCUGCGACUAUUAUGCUCAAAGAGUUCAUCGCCAAGCAUGUGAAGAACUCCGAGACUACGAGGUCUGCAGGAAAUGAGGAACUAGGGAGCUACCAGUUGCGAAAGAAGAAAUCCAGCAAGCCACGGGGGUUCAUUGAUAUUUCAAUUCGUAUCUCCGACGACAAGGAAGAGCCAAAUAUGUUCCAAGGUAACGAGGGAGGAAUCUUUCUCCUGGAUCCUGGAAGAAACACUAACAUGACCCCCCCAGGUGGAUUAGAGCAACCCCAUCGGCAACAGCAAGUGCCUCUAGCAACAAUUCAUCGGCCAGAAAAUCUCCAACAGCCAAGCAUGUCCUCAUAUCCAAAGCCACAUCCUUCAAACUAUCCCAAUCCAUAUGUGGGAGGACCAAGUUACUAUGCACCAGCUGGACCAAGCUAUCAACCACCUCCACCUUCACAAGUGGGAUAUAAUCCCACUAUGUUCCCAGGAACUGAGUUCAUCAACAUGCCAUCAUCAUCUGGGGCUGGUCCUGCUGCACAGAGGGGAGGAGUACCUGCUGGUUUUGCAAUAGGGGCAGGAGCUGGAGCAUUGGCAGCUGGUGCUGUUAUGUUUGGUGGUGACUUCAUGCCAGCGGCACACAAUCUUCCACAUGGGCUUGGGGAUGCUAGCGUUACCAUAGCCACUGAUCCUCUUUUCUGAAAAAGCAUUCACUAGAUAAAUAAUGUAUAACCAUAUAUGGCCAUUCCGUUAACAUUCUCCUUUC